AUGCUGCCUGGAAAUAGAAUCCGGAACCAGCCAAGUGGAUGUGCGAAUAGGAAGAGAAAAGAUAGACAAGAUGAAUUGGUGAAAUCUCAAACCAAUGAUAUUCUUAAGUAUGUGACAAGAACUAAACCUCCACAAACUGAUGAGACGGCUAGAAGUGAGAUAAACAAGGAAGCUGAUGAGCAUGUUACUAUUGAAGAAGAUGCAGAUGAAAAGAGUGUAGAAGAACUUGUAAGAGAUGAUGGAGAAAACUUGGAGAAUGAACACGCUGAAGAACAUGAUAAAGGUAAUAAGAUUAAGGGUCUGUAUAAGAAUGUGGAUAUGGAUGAUCCUGGAAACUGGGAGAAAAUUGAUAGGAGAAUGAGAAUUUUUUUGGUUGAGAAGGGUCCACCCGCAAGACCACCCGCUGGUUAUCUUUUCCCAAGAGAUGGUGCUAAUAGAUGUUUCACUUAUGCCACUUAUACAAGAAAAAUGAGCAACGGAGAGAAGCAAGACAGAAAAUGGCUGAAAAGUCAUGAAACUACUCAUCAUCAUAUCAUUUGCAUGACUCGUUGGACAGAGUUAGAAGUGAGAUUGAAGAAAACUGAAACUAUUGAUAAGCAUUUGCAGGAGGCAAUUAACAAGGAGAGGAAGCAUUGGAGAGAUGUGUUGUUGAGAAUAAUUGUUGUAGUAAAGACUCUAGCGGAAAGAAAUCUAGCAUUUCGUGGUGGAAAGGAAAAGGUAACUGAUCCAAACAGUGGGCAUUUUGUAGCUUUUAUUAAGAUGAUUGGAGGCUUUGAUGCAGUAAUGAAGGAACACAUUCGACAGAUUGAAAAAGUUGAAACUCAUUACCAUUAUCUCAGCCAUAAGAUUCAGAAUGAGUUGAUAGAACUGCUUGCUAAUGAGCUGACAUUUCUAAUCCGAUGUGUGGAUAUUUCGACGGCGACACCUAAGAUCGAAGAGUUCUUUUUGAAAUUUCUGGAUAUCAAAGACAAGAGAGGAGAGGGGAUUUUUAAUACUCUUCAAGAUGUAUUGGCUGAUCUUAACUUGAAUAUCGACGACAUAAGAGGACAAGGCUAUGACAACGGACAAAAUAUGAAAGGAAAGCAUAAAGGAGUUCAGAAGAGACUACUUGAUAUAAAUCCAAGGGCAUUUUACACUCCAUGUGGAUGUCAUAGUCUCAACCUUGCCCUUAGUGAUAUGGCUUCAUCAUCCAAAAAAGCUGUUUCAUUUUUUGGCAUUGUUCAGCGUAUAUACUGCCUGUUUGCAUCUUCAACCAACAAUUGGGAAGUGUACCAAGAGAUGGUGAAUGGUACUUCACUUAAGCCAUUGUCACAAACUCGUUGGGAAAGCCGCAUUGAUAGUGUUAAACCAAUAAGGUUUCAAGUUUCAAAGAUAAGAGAUGCUNGUUAG